AUGUUAAUCAUAUUUGUUAUGAUUAAAUUAUGUCUUACCAUAAUCAAAUUUGACACCAAUUACUUUGAACAAUGGUCUAUUGAUAUUACAUCAGGUUUUCUUUGUUAUGGAGGUGCAAAAUAUGAUAAUACAAUAUAAUUUUCAGAUUCAUUUGUAAAUAUUCCUCAAGUUUUUAUUACUCAUGAAUUAUUUGGUAUGCAUUGGACUUAAGCAUAUCCUAUUUCAGGCUUCAAUUUUAGUAUUUCAGACAUUACUUUAACAGGUAUGUAAAAAUUUAUAUUUUAGACUUUGUCAUACAUCUUCAUUGUUAAUAUGAAAGAAAUUAUAGAUUUAAAAUAAGAUGGUUUGCAGUUGAUGAUUAAAGAAUACAAGUUAUAAGUUAGUUUAAUUUAAUUCCACCAUAGAACUGUAGUUAUUAUUAUGCUAAUGUUAAUUGCGAUAAGUAUUUCCUCACAAUUACAAGUCUUAAUGUAAUAGGACCAACUGAUGUAUAAUUAGAUGUAAAUUUGAAUUUAAUUUCAUAGGUACAAUUCACUCCACCUAAUACAGUUACAGUAGUUAUCCCUUAUAUCGAAGGAUUUUCAGAAAAUUUGAAAUCUAUAGGAUUUUAAUUGAUAUUAGGUAUUGAUUAAGCGUUUUCACAAUCAUAAACAAUUUAUACAAAUUCAAACUAUGAUUCAUUGGUUUAUGAUCCAAUUUAAAUAGACCAAGUCGAGUUUUAUCCAUUUUCUGGAUUUGCAUUUUAGAAUCAAUAUCUUUUGGAAUUAUUUGUAAAUUCAUUAAGUGAUGGUUCUGGUAUCAGAUAUCAGAUGUAUGAAUGUAUUUUAUUGUUAAUUAAAUUUUAGGGGGAGCAGGUUAUACUCCAAAUUUUCACAAAAAAGUACGAGUGUCCAAAUCGAUUACAAAAAUGUUUUCACCUAUUCUGUGUAAUUUUUUGAGAUUUUCAUAAAAACUUGAAUUUAGAGAUUUACCUCGUCCAAUGUUUUCAAUCGAAUUUACUGAAGAUUAGGAUGUAUAUAUAUCAAAUGGAUAUCGUACAAUUAGUAAAUCGAUUACCAACCUUAAUUUAAUAAUUAAGUGUAAUUGUAUUACUGGGAAAAAGAUAUAAAGUAAAUUUCUUAAAUGUGAAAAUUGUUUUAAAAAAAAUUAUUAGUUUGAACAUUUUUGUUAUGGUGCCAUUAAUUUAUUAUUUAUUAAUGCGAGAUUUAUUACUUAAACUAAUGCUAUAUAAGAAUUAUCAAUUGAAUUGACAACCAAUAGUUGCAAGAUUACUUAAUUAAUAUAUAACCAAAAAUAUUAACCUAUAGUAAUUGUUGAUAUAAAAAUGAUUGAUAGUUGA